AUUUCCACAUAUCGCGCAUCCGGUUCUCUGUUGCCCACCAUCUCUCUCAGCAAGGUAAGAUCUUAAGAGUUCCAAUCCUCGGAUUUUAGUAGCAUAUACAGGCCGUCUCCAAGUUUACUGGCAUUGCUACGUCUGCCGGUGCUUGAGAAUGGGUUUACUCCACCUCCUGGCGGUCGCCGGCGGUAUCGCUGCGUUUCUCUUCGUCACACUCUCUUUAGCGAGUGGGCUGUUAUGGCUGGCUGAACUCAUAGAAGAACACUCUAAAUAUGCAAAAACUGUCGGUAUGCGGGCCAUUUAUGCUAUAAUUGGCCUGCAUAUUGUUCUUUACUUUACGGACAAUCUCCCAAUCACCCCCAUCUUAUUCUCUAUUACCUGCCACUUUGUCUAUCUUUCAAACUUUUCAUCAUCUUGGCCUCUCAUCUCUCUCACGUCCCCCCGCUUUAUCCUUUCCUGUAUCUUGGUCGUCGGCGACCAUUUUGUCUGGUUCUUCCACUUUGCUGCUGUAGCUCAAGAGGCAAAGGACUAUCGCGUGCCCAAAUAUAGGUACGGAGGACAGCAAGCCAAAGCUGCAGGCAAUAACCCUUCGUUCGGGGAUGUCGCUGCAUUUUUUGCCGUUUGCGUGUGGUUUGUCCCACUUUACCUGUUCUUGAGUCUUAGCGCGAAUGACAAUGCGCUCCCUUCGUUUGACUCAUCGGCACCUCCAUCCCCUUCAAGCUCCCAUGUCAACCUCGGUUCCCCCCGUCUCCAUGCUCAUGCCGACCGCAAGCAUGCCACAUCUCUGAUAAAAUCUGCUCUGCUGCCAUUGCUCUCUUUACUCCCCUCUAUUCGCUCUCGAUCACGAGUACGGAAUCCGGAAGGUCUCAUUGCUCCUCGCUCCCCUUCAAAAUCUUCACCUUUACCUUCACCCGCAUUACAAGCGCCAAAUUAUUAUCCAUGGGGCACGGAGGAGAAACCCAUGUCUUCACCAGGGUUCAUUACUCCGCAUAGGAGUAUGACACCCUUGGGAGGACCGAAAACCCCUCCACCGCCUAGGAGGACGCAGAGCGAGCUGCAAAUAUCUACGAGAGGGAACUCGCACUCUGGGCCACGGGCAGAGGAAGGGAUGAGAAAGGUGUCAGUCGGCCGGCCGGCAGGAUUGGCGUCAUCGACAAAUUUGGCGCCCGCCACCGGAGGUGAGACAGAAUUAUCCAAGAGAAAAGCGGACUGAAUGGAAGAGUUUUAUGGUUCAAAAAUCUAUCUAAAUGUAGGGGAUGUAAGGUACUUGAUGCAUGGUAUCCAAGUAUUUGUCGG